GUUCAGUUUGAGCAUGAAGACGUGUGCGCAGAAGGGUUGGAUAAAGAGAUGUAAACCGUACGGAUUUACACCUACACUGUCGGUGAAACAGCACGUCUUGGACUAAAGUGGCCGAAUUAAAGACUUCACAAUAUGAAGACUCGAACGCGUCAUGGGAUCAUAUUGAUUGGUGUCAUGACCGCCUGUACAAGCUUAUUGUUCCUAUACAACAGCAGUAUUAACAGCACAACAGAAAAUCAGAUGGAAUCAGAUGGACAUCAGAUGGAAAUUCUAAGACAGCAGACAUACUUAAAAGGUUACAACAGCAUCAUUGAUCACAAGCCUCUUAGGAUGCACUGCAAAUGUUGUGCCUUAGUGACCAGCUCUGGUCACAUGACAGGAAGUGAUCGAGGUGUGGAGAUUGACCACACGGAGUGUGUCAUCCGAAUGAACGAUGCCCCAACACGAGGCUACCAGAGGGACGUAGGGCAGCGAACAAGCCUGCGUGUGGUUGCGCACUCCAGCAUGCAACGUGUACUACGAAACUGGCAUGAGCUACUCAACUCCAGCCAGGAGACGUUCUUUAUCUUUUGGGGUCCCGGAAACUACAUGAGACAGGAUGGUAAAGGACUGGUCUACAAUAACCUGCGUCUGAUAAAGCAGAUGAUGCCUAAACUACAGGUGUACGUCAUCUCACGCUUAAAGAUGUUGCAUUUCGAUGAGCUCUUCAAGAGGGAAACUGGCAAAGAUAGAAAAAGGUCCAAUUCGUGGCUGAGCACAGGAUGGUUCACCAUGGCAAUCGCUAUGGAGAUCUGUGACAGAAUCAACGUCUAUGGCAUGAUUCCCCCCGAGUUCUGCAAGUCCCCCAAGCCCUCAAUGCCAUAUCAUUACUAUGAGCCAGCAGGGCCGGAUGAAUGCACCAUGUAUCUCUCCCAUGAGCAGGGCCGCCAAGGCAGCCACCAUCGCUUCAUCACAGAAAAACUUGUCUUUGCGAACUGGGCACGUGUGUUCAACAUUCAGUUCUAUCAACCAGACUGGAGACCAGCGCCUCUCGCACAGAACAACACAGUCUCCUGAGGUUCAUCCACUGCAAACUCUGUGACAAAAAACAUCUAGAAAGAAGGAUGUGUUCUGUAUGUCUGUUUUGAGCACAGAACCUAUCGAUCACUUUGUGUCCCUUAGACUGAAAUUGAGUGAAGUAUUGCUAAAGCCAGAAAUCAUUGUAGCUUUGUAAUAGUAAGUGGUUAGACACUGUGGUUCCCUGCUGUUCUAAAAUUAAACUCUUCAACAAUGUCAAAUUUGUGUAACUUUGCCAGAUAAAGCAUUUCUACUCUAAGAGGCCUCUUUCACUGUUAAAACUAAAGGGUCCCAAAAGGGUAUUACAGCUUGAUGCAAUAUGAGAACAUUUUAAAGUUCCUAUGAUUCAAUAGGACAGCAUUUUAAAGUUCCUAUCAUGCCGUAAAAUAACCUUUUAUGAUUCCUAUGAUGCCAUAAGAGAACCUUUGUAAAAUUAUCAUGAUUUCAAUUCUAAAUCCUACAGUAUUGUUAUAAAAGAACAUUUUAAGGUUCCUAUAAUUCCAUAAAAUAACCUUUUUAAGUUCCUACUGAUGCCAUAAGUGCACUUUGAGUUCCUGUGGUGUCAAGUUCUGUGGUUCUUAAGAAACCAUCUAUGUAGUAGUUUAAAAGAUCCCAGAAAGCCUCUAUUUUUCUUUUGUUAACGGAUGAUACCUAAAACCAAUACACUAUAAUGAGCCAACACGGACAAUUUAACAUUAAGAAUUUCUUGUAAUUUCCCAAUAACCAUAUAGCCAACUCAAGAACGGCCACAAAACUAUUUCUUGUUAAGAAGAGGGUUCUUUGCUGAACUUUAUGAGCGAUUGUGUGCAAAGUGAAUAUUGUUGCAUAAAACAUUUAUAUUGAAGGUUCCCAGAGACAUUUUUAAUUUACAAAGAAACAUAUUCCAUAUUAUCAUUGCAUUCUGGCAUGAAGCACAAAUAUCCAAUCAUACCCUCACAUUAAUCUCAGUGGUUUUUCCUGUUCUCCUCACAACAUUUGACCAAAACAGGCCAACUCUGACCAUGACACAUGACCUUUAGACAGAGUGAGAGCUGCUAGGCUCUUCCUUCGAUUCCCAAUAUAAAGGUUACGUGAGAGCAUAUUGACUUGCUGCCUACAUUGGUGUUCAUGUUACCUUUGCAGCUGGAGACUGGGGCCAAUGUGGAAUGCUAAUAGUUUGACAUUCUCAGGCUUGCUCAGGCUUAUGGAAGCC